AUGGAACCGUCGACCCUUCGCAGACAGUCUGAGCGUGCCACGUAUGACGUGAAUGCCGUGGCUGCUAUCUUCUCCGAUAGCUUUUUCGCUCAUGUUUCGUACGUGGAUGAAGGACUACCGCAAUGUCUGCCUAUGAUUGCCUUGUUUCGAGUAGAGGGCGACGGCGGAAAUGAAAAUGCAGCAGUCUAUCUGCACGGUCACCCGAGUACGAGAUUGAUGGAACUGGUGCGGAGUCGUGCGAGUGAGGGCCGGGAAGCGACGGAUCCCCUCCGGGUAUGCAUCACGGCCACCAAAGUCGACGGUCUGGUCCUCUCUUCCGCCCCCAACGGCCACACUUUCAACUACCGGUCCUCAGUUAUCCACGGCGCCUGCUCUCUAGUGACGGACAGAGAUCAGAAACGAGACAUCAUGAGACAGGUGACGAACCAUAUCGUCGCUGGCCGUUGGGAAGAGGUGAAUCCCGUGUCCUCCUUCCAGGUGUCCCUGGUGACAGUCGUCCGCGUGGACGUCCAGAAAGGCUCUCUGAAAACGCGCAGCGGAAUCCCGGGGAUCCAACCGCGCGAUGUGGAAAAGGACGGACCUGACCGUGAGGAACCUGUUUGGACUGGGGUCGUUCCCUUGUACGAGCAUCUGGAUGCACCGGUGGCUAGUGGAUUGACGAGCGAUGCGCAGGUACCAGAGUCAUUGAAAGAGUAUAUCUGGGAGAGAAAUGAGAUGCAGAAGACAUACGCGGUGUCCGCUGCAAGGAAUAGGUAA